GGUUAAAUAGCAGCAGUGGUUAGUAGUCGUAGUAGUAAUACUAGCAGCUGUCCCCCCACCAACAAGCAGAAUAAGAAACACCUCAGCCCCGCCAUUACUAUUCUGCUGCCUCCAUCACAAAAACACGCCAGCUUGCCAACCACCGAUAUCCCCCUGUCGCUGCGAAUUAACGUGCUAUCCACCUCCGUCCCUCUCUUCCCUAGACGGCCGUCCCUCUCGAACUGUAGGUUGGCGUUAUUUUGACCCCUCGCCACCAGAUUCGCCUAGUUAGCAGCUAGUUCUUCCUCGUCUCCCGCACCCCCUUUCUUACCGCUCCGAAGACAACUCACUAUUGUGUGCGCUCAAUCAGACUGACAUACGGAUCUUUACCUAUCCAUAGACAUAUUAAAAAAAAAAAAAAAAAAAAAAAAAACAUUUUAAGGAGUUCCAGGUCCUGCAAUAUAAACGCGCAAUCAUGUCGAUGGCAUCAGGAGUUACCAUAAACCCCGAAUGUAUUGAAGCAUUCGAAAAGCUACGGCUUGGAAAGGGUGCUGGCAGGACAAAGUACAUCAUCUUCAAGAUCUCAGACAACAAGAAGGAGGUUGUGGUCGACGAAGUCUCCACCAACGAUGACUACGAGGUUUUCCGUGAAAAACUAGCCAACUGCAAGGACUCAAUGGGACGCCCUGCCCCAAGAUACGCCGCAUACGAUGUUGAGUUCCAGCUUGAGGCUGGCGAGGGAUGGCGGCAGAAGAUUGUCUUCAUCUCCUGGGUUCCGGCUGAGACUCCUGUCCUGGUAAGGGCUUCUUCUCAUUCCCCCUGAACAGAUUAAACCAAGAAGUCAGAACUAACGAUAAUAUCUUGUAGUGGUCCAUGAUCUAUGCCACCACCCGACAGACACUAAAGGAGACCCUCCACCCACACGUCAGCAUUCAGGCUGACGACCCAUCCGAAAUCGAAUGGAACCAUGUUUUGGCCGAGGCUGGCGGCAAGAACGCUACUUCUAAGUAGAAUAGCAUGCAAAGAAAAAAGAUACAGAAAACCCCGUGUGAAAAAAUAAACGCAAGGGGCAUCUGACGCCGUCACACAAAUAGCAUUUUGCCAGUGUUUUGAUAUCUUGUGUGAUGAUACAGCGUGCUGGUGGCUGAUAUGUUUCUAAGCCCUCUUCGUCCUUCACUUCUGACCAUAUCAAUAAUGCAAAUAUGAACACCAAGCAAACAGGUACGAAUUCGUUUCCUUAUACCUAUACGAACCCAGGUCUUGUGUGUGUAGAUAUUCGGUUGUUUAUAGAGAUUCUCGACCUCGAUCUCCAGUCCAAGUAGGAGGUUUUUGCUUUCCCAUUCCUCCAGUGGUCCCGUAGACACUUUCGUAGAUGCUUGUGUUUUGGUAUCGUGGAGGGGGCCGUCAUCUUCCUGUCCAGAACGAGCAGUGAGGUGCUGAGGGGCGCAUGCGGGAGUAAGACGUAACCUAUACUAUCUCUGAGUCAACGAAUGCUGCUUGGACAAACCACGAUGGCUGUAGGCUGUUAGGCAUCCGAUUUUGAUACACCUUCGCUGCGCCGAAAAGCAUCG